AUGGAUCCCACAAUGAACAAGCUCCUCAAAUGGAGCGUCGCAAACUCGCAACAAAAAAACGAAGACGGCACCGUCACAGCCCCUCCCAGCGCCGACGAAGCCUCGCGCACCCUCACCCCAGACAUGAUCAAUGCAUUGAUGGGUGGUCCCUCCGACGCAGACCUCAUGAAGGCCGCCAUGGAAGUCCUACACUCGGACGACACUGACCUGGAGAACAAGAUGAUCGCCUUUGACAACUUCGAACAAUUGAUCGAGGGCAUCGAUAAUGCGAAUAACCUCGAGCCGCUGGGUUUGUGGACGCCGCUGGUGCAAUUGCUCAAGCACGAGGAGGCGGAUAUGCGUCGUAUGGCGGCGUGGUGUAUCGGUACGGCGGUGCAGAAUAAUGAGAAGGCGCAGGAUAAGCUCGUGGUUUUGAAUGGUAUUCCUGUCCUGGUCUCCAUGGCCACCGCCGAUCCCAACCCCGCUGCCCGCAAGAAAUCCAUUUAUGCGCUUUCGUCGGCGGUGCGCAAUUACCAGCCUGCUAUGAAUGAGCUUGUCAAGGUUCUUCCCGAGGGCUAUGCGACUGAUAAGACUGAUGCCGGUGAUAUGGAGGUCAUCGACGCUAUCAUGGAGAAGCUCCGUGCCCACCCCGUCGACUCGGCGUGA